CUGGGCCGCGCGAGCAGCGGUCCCCGCGCAGGCGGCCACGCGCUCCCGCCCUCCGCCGGUUUCCGCUCCUCCUCCCUUCUCGCGAGCAGAUUCUCCCCGGGCGGCCCCGCGGGAGGGAGGCCGAGAUGGCAGAUGAGAUCGCUAAGGCUCAGGUCGCCCGGCCUGGCGGCGACACCAUCUUCGGAAAGAUUAUCCGCAAGGAAAUUCCAGCCAAAAUCAUUUAUGAGGAUGAGCAGUGUCUUGCUUUCCAUGACAUUUCCCCUCAAGCGCCAACACAUUUUUUGGUGAUACCUAAGAAAUAUAUAUCCCAAAUUUCUGUGGCAGAAGAUGAUGAUGAGAGUCUUCUUGGACAUUUAAUGAUUGUUGGCAAGAAAUGUGCUGCUGAUCUGGGCCUGAAGAGGGGUUAUCGAAUGGUAGUGAAUGAAGGUGCAGAUGGGGGACAGUCUGUCUAUCACAUUCAUCUUCACGUUCUUGGAGGUCGGCAGAUGAAUUGGCCUCCUGGUUAAACAUGCUUUAAGGAUAGUUUUCCUUCUCUAGGCAAUGAUUAAGUUUGCAAGUUCCAGUGUAUUGAACAGUAUACUUGAUUUUGCCUAUGUAUGGAACAACAAAAUGUUAAAAGCUCAUAAUAAAAUACACUGUUGCAUAUUUUA